CAUUUGCUAUCGGGUAUUUUAGUCGACUAAGUGUUGACGCCCGAGCCGAACCAUCCGAACAGGUUCCGCCGCCGCGACGUGCAUUUGUUGAUAAAUGUGAAAGAGACAAAAAUAUGUACAACUUUCGAUAAACUGUGAUCAUACAUCAUUUAUUUACUUAUACUAAAACAACAGUUUUCUGUGUUGUUUUCCUGAAUACAUAUGUUCAUAUGUACAUGCAUCCGAAAUAUCAACUCUUGAAACUGGAAGAAAACAGAUGCUCUAGCAACGUGUGGAAUGUGUGUUCUCGUAAAUAUGUAUAUAUAUGUACUGAUAUAUACAUAAAUAUGUAUAUGUGUGAAUUUACAUACUUAGAAUUGAUCAAAUUUAUGUCAUUUUAAUAUGAGGCUCACUAUGUAUACUGCGUAGAGAGUAGUAGUAGAGAGAGUAUCAUUAUCAUACACAGAAACUUGAUGGCCAUGUGGAAUAAACAUGAUAAUAGAGAGUAAACCCAAUUUUCCGGCCAAAUACCAAAAAUCACCAAAAAGGUGUAAUCUGUAUAAAUGCGUUACCGUUUCCCGGGAUACAAAGAAUGGCUUUGAAUUUCGUCACAUGAGACGGUUACACCUAUGUUAUAUAUGGAUUCUUUGCCACUGUUAUUAUUGUUAUACCACAAAUAAAAUAAGUGCCAAACGGCAACGGGCGGCAUAUACCUUCAUAUCAGCGUCGAGCAUAAAUCAAAUUCGAUCCAAGCUUGCUAUUGUACAUACUCGAACAUUUCCCACUAAAUUUCUAAAGUAUUCGUUAUACAAUUUAACACAGGUAUGGUUAGUCAUUCUAUUCCUAUUGCUAUUCAUGGUUCUUCAAGCCAAUGGUCAAGGCAUUUUUGGGCCAAUGUCAAAAUCAAAUGUUAACGACAAUCCCCAUACGCUGCAAGAGUUCAGGCAACAGGAUAGCGUAGAAAUUAGCUAUGACUAUAGGAGCAUGCAAUUUCAAAGUUCAAACGGUAGAGCUCAGAGCCGGCAAACCAAUCAACAACUACAAAAAACAACUCAAACCAAAAGUAAAAACAUUAAAAAUAAAAUAAAUAAUAUAUUUAAUCAACAAAAUAAUAUACAAAGCAGAGGAGGAGAGUCGUCGCUUAAUGAAAGUUCAAAUAAAUAUAGUCUGAUUAUUCUAAGCCCAGAGACCCAGUCGAAUAACGUAAAUAAUUCAGCAAUGGAAGUUAAGAAGAACAACAGUAUUCCAAUUCAAAAUAUCCGUAAAAGAUACAUAAGAAAUACCGGGAAGGAAACGGAGGCUCACAAUUAUACAAAAAAUUAUAAUUACAAGGCACUGAACGGGAACCGGAUUGAUGAAUCGAAACUUAAGCGACUGGUAAUGAAUGGUCUUGGAUUGAAGAAGAUACCAGAUAUGAGAAAGGUGAACAUAAGCCAAGUAGAAUACUCAAGAAAGUACGUUGAAUACUUAGACCGCCUUAGAACCAGUCAUGGAAGAGGAGUCAGUUAUUUAAGUAACGAAUCUGGAGAGUCGUCCCGAACGGAUUUACACAUAUUAAGCAUUGUAACUAAUAGUUUUAACGACAUAAGUGAGAAACGAUGGCGUCAUAAGCGAUCUGUCAAGAACGGAUUAAGACAAACAAAGAGAGGAAAAUCUAAUGAAAACAUCCAAUUCGACCCAAGGGAUAAGACCAAUAUUCUCUUGCACUUUCCCCUGACAAACGUAAAUGAUGCAAACUUUCACCAUGAUAAAAUUGACGAGGCUAAUGUAAGGCUAAUGCUGCUCUAUAGUUCAGCCCUUGCAACCAAUAGUGGACAACGGCAAACAACUGGCAAAAAAAGAAAAUUCAAUCGAAAUUUCGGUAGUGCCAACAAAAACAACAAGAAUUGUAAUGCCGGCGAUGUCAUUGACUUUAACCCAGAGCAGCGUAACGAAUCGAAAAUGCGAGGGCGUGUCCAUAGCCGCAAAUUGAAUCUCAAAGUAUAUCAGCUUCUUUCUUCAAAUAGACGAAGGUUACUUGCAUCCCGCAAAAUUGAGUUCGAAAAUAUCCAUUACGAGGAAACCCGCACCCAGUGGCUGGAAUUUGAUGUUACCAAAGCAGUUCGCGGUUGGUUAAACAAAACUCAUGAAAAUUUGGGCAUAGAGAUUCAAUGCGAUAGAUGUAGGAGUAUAGGAGCUCGCAUAUUAAGCGAUGUAAGCUCGCCGACACCAUUUAAAUCUGCAUCUGCCAAGUCAGCAGCUACGGACAGUGACCGGUUUCAUCUUAUGCCAGUCCUAAAUAUCAUCGGUCACGGGAACAUGCAAAGCCAUCGAGAAGGUGACCUCGGGGUCGGAGUGCAGCAUUUAGUGGUGACUAAUAAUAGAAGCGAUAAUUAUUUUCAUCAUCGUUCGGACCAGGAUAUGGGUUGGCGUAGAGAAAAGUGGAAUAAUAGUUGCUAUAAGGUGCACCAACGAUGCUGUAGACACCAGUUAGAUGUGAUCUUCAAGGAAAUUAAGGGCUUUGAGUUCAUAUUACAACCAAAAAUGUUUGAUGCUGGUUACUGCCAUGGCCGCUGUCCACCGCGCCACAACCCUGCCCAUCACCAUGCACUCUUGCAAAGUCUUAUAUGGCAACAAGAUAGCAGUCGAGCGCCUCGUCCCUGCUGUGCCCCCUCAAAGCUUGAAGUCCUAGAAAUAUUGCAUGUGGACGAAGAGCACACUGAUAAGCUAAAGAUUUCAACAUGGAGUGACAUGCAAGUUCUGGAAUGUGCCUGUUCAUAAAUCAAUUUAAAUUUAUUUGAGACGUAAAUUAUCAAUUUAAAAAAAUUUGUAUUGGUAACUUAUAUGUUUUCCAAUCAACACCUUUUUUGCAGCAUUCAAAUAUAUUAAAAAGCAAACCAUUUAUGGCAAUAGCUCA